AUGUCGCAGCUGCACAGCUUCCUCGCGCUCUUCCCAGCCUUCCUCCGUGCUCCACCUCUGCUCAGGGCACUCGACUUCCCGCGCCAGGUCACCGCGAAGCCCCCAACUAUCGUUGCAUUCUUGUUGGACCAAAUGUUCUUGAUAAACUCGGGGCUGUGA